CAUCGUCAUGGUUAAAAACCUGCUGUUCGUCUGUUCGCUCGCUGUCGCCAUUUUCACAACAGCCUUGGGCUUUAAGAUUCAGAACAAGCAUGUAGGCAAAUGUCUGCAGGUGCAAGAAGGAACUUGGGGAGGUAGAGUUUCCUUAGGGGAAUGCAGCCCAUACUCACCCAUGCAGGAAUGGCUUUGGAUCCCAGAGAGCCAAGCUCUCAGCAGUCACCACACUGGAGAGUGUCUGACGGCACCCGAAGGAGAGUAUGAAGGUGUCCACCUGCAGCCCUGCAUGUUUAAGAUGGACAGUGAUGAGACUGGUGACCGAGUGGCAGCUGUGGAUGUGGAUAGUGAGGAGGGCAGACAGACGUGGUCUUGCUCCAAGAAAGGUCUCCUCACUUUGACUGGGAGGGGGCUGCACCUUAGUGCCUCUCCACAAUCCACUCUGGUUUUCGUGUCACGAGAUCACAAACAGGGCAGCAGGUGGCGCACACUUGACAACCAGACAUUGUGCAAUUUGAGAGAUCACAAACAUCACCAAUCGCAGGACCAGUCCCACCACUACAUUGGAAAAUCACCAGAAGCUAGGAUUUUUCCGAGUUCCACUGCUGAUCUUCACAAAGAGGCUGAACCAUUUGAGGACAGAAUGGACAACAAGGCUCCAGAAACAUAUUUCUUCACAGACGGGACCGUUUUGUCUCAGAGCACCAAUUCCUCUGCAGAUCCCAAAAUGAUUUUCUUAAGUAUGGACUAUGGGAUGGCCUGGAAGAUAACCAUGCUGGUACUGAGCUCUCUGGCUCUGGUGCUGGGGACUGUCAUUCUUAUCGUAAACGUCCACUCCAAUCGACGGAAGAAGGUGGUGUGCGUUUUGAAGUCGUACGCCGUGAGGCCGGAGAGGAGCGUCCCUGGAUCCCCGGUGCCCAGCGAAAGGGCCCCACUGACGGAGCACGCCAUGCGUCUCCCACAGUCGUCACCCACAUUGCAACGGGGGGAGAUCCUGAUCCAGUGGAAGGACGGCAGUGUUACGCCACUGUACGAGGCCUGACCUGAUGCUGCUGCAGGUUUGGACAUGGGUACGUGUGUGAGGGAGAGAGAGAGAGAGACAGAAGGUUAGUGCGCAUUGAAGAGAGAGAAAUACAAGUUUCAGUGGGUACUCUUUAGACAGUUGGAUGGAAUGAAAAUCUUACAGCUCAGAAUCUCGACAUCUCUGUGACACCUGAUUCACACCUGUUGCUCUUGAUCGUCUGCCUCACACGGCAAAUACGAACAAGACUUCAUUUUCUGAUUUACCUCUGACAGAAAACGUGUGCACCUGUGCAGGUGCUAAAACAGUUUUUACAUGUAUUCAGAUUCAAUCUGGACACUUUCAUUAUCAGCAGGUCUUUUAUCUACUUUUUUUUACACGUGUUUCACUCAAAGUUUGUCACGUCUGAGAUGUCCUGCCAUGGUUCUCAAAAUGUGGUAUGUGAACCAACAGUGGUAAAUCAGAAAUACUGUUCUACUCUAUAUACCAGCGUAUGUGAUCGAUGAGAGGAGCUGAGGAAUUUUGACCGGAUUACGUAGAGAAAUGAAACAAAUAAUAAAGUAAAUACUAAUGAUUAGAGUC